AUGAAAUCAACAUUCAAUUGUGAUGCAGCCAUGCACACUUAUAUUAAAGCUGGAGUAUCUUCUCAAAAAAUUCUUAUGGGUUUACCAUUUUAUGACGAUGUAACAUCCAUUAGUGUAAAAAGUGAUUAUGUUAAAAAGAAACAAUUAGAUGGUACGUUUUUCUGGGAAUUGAGCAGCGAUCGUCAGGGAGAAUUAGUGAGUGCAGCAUACAAUGUAUUCUCUAAUACGGCGCAAAAAACAGUAUCAAGAACAACGGCUAGAUUUACAACUGUAACCACGACUGGAUCGUUGCUUUCAAUGACAACUACUUUAACAUCUUCAGUGAUAGCUAAAAAAAACUGUAAGAACAUGGCAACCUUACCAUACGUCUAUUCGAUAGCUGACGAAGUAACUCAUGAUGGUAGACAAUACAGCUGUCGGCCAGCUCACACAUCAUUACCAGGUUGGAAGUCAAAUUGUGUACGAGCACUUUGGCUAAAGGACAAAUUUUCACGUAUUGUUUACUAA